AUGCUGGUCCUCACGGGCCUGGCCUACUUCCUGCUCAGCAAGAGGAAGCAGAGCGGAGCGGGGCCCCCGGGGCCGGCCCCGGAGCUGUACACGGACCCCUGCAGCAGCGCCCGGAGCACCACGGGCUCCGGGGACACCGAGCAGACCUACACCUUCCCCGGCGCCCUCCGGCGAGGGCCCCGCUCCCUCCUCGCCCACGUGCGGCGCCUGCUGAAGGGGCCCAGGAAGCCCGGCGCCCCCCGGCGCCCCGAGGCCCCCACCGAGCUGACCCUGCAGCCGGCCGCCUCGCCGGCCGCCAAGAAGCAGGUGCACUUUGAGGACCGUGUGGUCAGGAUCAUCCCCGCCCGCGACGGCCCGGACAGCGAGGACAGCGAGCCGGAGCCGGAGCCGGAGGAGGCCAGCUCCGACACCACCCCCAUCAUCCCGCCCCCGCCGGCGCCCCGCUUCCUGUCCGCGCUCCCCGGCAGCCUCUUCUGA